AUGGACUCGUAUUAUACAGACAAGACUCCUGCUUUUGAGCAGUCCCGGCAUGAUAGCUCGCUCUCUAUGUCCCGCUCGAUACGGAGCUUGAAUCAGCAUGAACCUGGGGAGAUCGAUAGCAAGUUGCGGAAUCCCCAGCGUCGCCGAGUGCCAGUGGCGUGUGGCCGAUGUCGACGACGAAAGAUCAAAUGCAGUGGAGACUAUGGCGAUGGCCAAGGCUGUUCAAAUUGCCGGAGUGCUGGCAACACAGACUGCCAGUUCUUGCGAGUCAACUCCUUGAAGCUAACCCCCAAGGCCAACGGCUGGCCAUAUCCUAAUCCAGGAGCGUCAGUCAUGUCCUCUCCCCGACUGGGCAUGUAUACAACCACCACGGCGGGGAAACCAACCCUACUCUCUAUGGGCUCUCCUCCGGCUCGCAUGUCUGCUUUCCAACGAGCAUCAGACUAUGACAUUGGCACUACCGAUGGGUCAGUUUUUCCCGAGCGCUCGGUAGCCGUAGAGUCUAUGCCAUACGAGGACGGCCAGUCCGCAGGUUACAGCCAGUCACCAGCAUACAUGCACCCCAAUGCUCCAGCCGGAACUCUCUUUGACUAUGGAGGGUCUCCGUGGAGCCCGAAGAUCUGGGACUCUGUGCUAGGCGUGAGCAGACCAAGCAACGGAGGAAUCUACCCUGAUCCCCAGACGAACGGCUCUGUUGCCCAGUCUCCUUUCACCUACAUGCUUCCAAGCCAAGGUCUCUCAUCUACUGAAGGCCAACAGUCGACAACCGUGGCCAUGGCGAGUAUCUCAUCCGCUGAUCUCCCUGGCCCGGAUCGAACACUUCCAACACCAACCUGCCGCAGCCAACAGCUCCCCGGUACAUUAGCAGGACUUGUCUUUCCACACGCAGAACCAGAAUCCAGUCUAUCCCUUCCAACUGAAGCUAGACCAGCCUUUUGGAGCCCACGCCGUGGCUCACUUCAAGAUGUUCGCAGCCCAGCCCACACCAUCCUUUUCAGCAACAGCCCUCCACCAACAACAAGAUGCCCAACAACCACCACAAACCCAGACCUCAUCUUUUCAGGUCUCCCAAUGCCCAUCACAACCGAAGAGAUCAUCUCCUCAACCCUCUCCGCAACAACAGCACCCCCCACAACAGCGGCUAGCACAUCCUACACCGUCGAACAACUGGACAACACCCCAGACUCACGCCCAACCGUCCCAUCAAACACACCCACAACCCAAGUUCCCAUUUCCUCAUCUACAGACUGCUCUCUAAGUCGCGGCAUCUACGGCCACAACCGAACCACCGCAGGCCAACGCCUCGUCCAUCUAACGACCGACUGCACGCCGGACAUCUACAACUACGCCAGCAGUGAGAAGAGCAAGCGUGCUAGCGAUGGUCGCACAACAGGUACGAGUACGUUGAUGAAUGGUGGACUGGAGUAUGCUCCUGUUCGGCAUGCGCAUACUCCUAAUCCGGCGUUCUCAUUUGGGGUGCUUCAUGGUGACUUGCCGGAGUAUCGGCCUGUUGUGGAGGGGGUGCAUCGGGCGCCUGUUUCGACGUUGGGGAGUCAAGGUGGUUAUUGA